UUGGUUUUACAUCGGACGACGCUUGGAAUUGUAAUUUUGACGGCCAUCUUGUUUUCGUUCUAAACGGUGAGAAUUAUUAGUGACAUUUAUUUAUAAAGUAGACCGAUUUAAUUGAUUUAUUUGUAGUGCAGUUCUUACAAAGUGAGGGAGUGCCGUGUCAUCCAUUGUGUCUGUUUAUUGGUGUGUGAAGUGCGUAUGAUCACCUCUAGUAGAGACAAAAUAACAGUAAGAAUACAAAACAGCAUGAAGAGAAGUAGUGACAGAGAUACACCUCCAAGGAGUAAGAGGUCCCGUUCUAGUAUGGGUAGAUACGACGACAGUUCUGAUGAAAGAAUAACUCCAGAUAGGAUCAGACGCCGGGGCAGCCGGGGUCGUUCUCCUAGUCCUAGACCGCGCUAUCGUUCCCCACACAGGGAGGAAUAUCUGAUUCCUCCAGAACGAUAUCCUUACAAAGUUUUGUGUGUCAGUGCUCUACAUCCAAAAGCCAGUGACGAAGUUAUUAAGGAUACCCUAUACCGUGAAUACAAAAAAUACGGUGACCUGAGUAUCAGACUUUCUCGAGAUUUAGACGAGAGGAUAGCUUAUGUCUGUUUCCGUAGCUCAGAAGAUGCUAGAGAUGCCAAACACGGGAAACCCAGAAUAAUAAUUUACGAUAAAGUUGCUAUUGUGGAGCCUGUUUAUGAAAAACCUCGUUCAACAGAUCUCUACUAUAGACCUCGUUCCAUUACUCCAGAAUAUGACAGAAGUUAUUAUCCUAGAUCUCCUGAACGUUUAAGAGCCGUUGACAGAUAUGAUAGAGCUUAUGGUCCACCAAUGGUACCUGUUCACCGAGAUUAUAGGCGGGAAGCAUUACCAGCUCCCCAUGAUUAUCUAGCUCGUCCCCCGAUGCACCACGGACCACCUCAUCAUUUACCGCCCAGUCAUUACGGUCCUCCUAGACAGCACAUGCCUCGUGUACCCUAUGAAAAACCAGAAAACAAAAAAGAUAAAUUUCCUAAUUACCUUCACCACAUACAACCAGAAGAUGACCCUCUGGCCACUCGAACUCUCUUCGCCGGUAACCUUGAAAUUAAUAUUACCGAAGAAGAGCUGAGACGAAUUUUUGGGAGGUAUGGUACUGUUGAAGAUAUUGAUAUCAAAAGACCACCACCUGGUACUGGUAAUGCAUUUGCUUUUGUUAGGUUCAAUACCCUCGAUAUGGCUCAUAGGGCCAAAGUUGAGCUAUCAGGCCAGUACAUUGGAAAAUUCCAAUGUAAAAUUGGUUAUGGAAAAGCCACACCAACUACCCGCAUAUGGGUAGGAGGUUUGGGUUCCUGGACUUCUGUUCCUCAGCUCGAACGUGAGUUCGACCGGUUUGGUGCCAUAAAAAAAAUUGAUUAUGUCAAAGGAGAGAGUCAAGCUUAUAUCCUGUAUGACAGUAUCGAUGCUGCACAAGCAGCUGUAAAGGAAAUGAGAGGAUUUCCUCUUGGUGGCCCAGAACGUAGGUUGAGAACAGAUUUUGCUGAUGUCACACCGGGUAUAGGUUAUAGACCUAAAAGUGCAUAUCCGACUCCGGAAGAAGGUCCAGAUUACAGAAGGGGUGGUGACUAUGGUUACGACUAUGACGAUUAUAAGUACAGAGGUAGGGCACCAUAUUCGGAACGCAGGGCUGGCAGCCGGUCAAGGUAUGAUGGUGCCCCUGAUGAAUGGGGUAGAUCGAGACCUGAUGAAUUUGAAAGGAGGCGUUCAGGCUCUCGUGGGGCUGACAGGUCCCGAUCUAGAUCUCCCAGGAGGUCUCCCGACUCAGAUUCAGACAGUGGGUCUCGUCGUGCUGGUCUUUUAGCAUCCAGCCGAACAUUGCCAGAGGUUGCUCGUAAAUGCACCACAGUUUGGCAAGGGGCACUGAUAUUGAAAAAUUCUUUGUUCCCCGCUAAAUUCCAUCUCAUGGAUGGGGACACAGACAUUAUGGAUGGUUUGAUGAAAGACGAAGAAGGCAAACAUCAGCUUAGAAUUACUCAGAGACUUCGAUUGGAUCAACCUAAAUUAGAGGACGUUCAAAAACGUAUCUCUAGUGCUAGUUCUCAUGCUAUUUUCCUAGGUUUAGCAGGGUCCACUGCUUCUGUUGCUAACGAAGACAGUUCAGUCCAAACAAGACCUUUGAGAAAUCUGGUGUCCUACUUGAAGCAAAAAGAAGCCGCCGGUGUCAUUUCUUUACUCAACAAAGAAACUGAGGCUACUGGUGUCUUGUAUUCCUUCCCUCCAUGUUCAUUCUCCACAGAACUCCUAAAACGAUCCUGUCCUAAUCUAACUGACGAAGCCAUCAAAGAGGAUCACUUGAUCAUUGUUGUGGUACGUGGUGGCACAGCUUAAGUGUUUUUUCCUUUAUAUUUACCACUUAUUUUUUGCUCGAUCUUAAAUAAGAUUUUUCUAUUUACCAAAUUUACACUCAUAUAUACAUAUUUUUUUUUACUCAAAAUGACUUCAAUCUAUCAGUUGUGUAGACUUCUGAUUUUUUUUUAAGAAUUGUUUUAAUUCAAUGAAAACGCAAUUUGUAAAAUAAUCUUGAUUCUUUUUUGCAUCAGAAUCCCUACUGUGAUUUAUCUGUUCAUCCUCCAUUUAUGUACUAAUUUGUAAUUGAUUUCAGGAAAUUGGUGAACAGCGAUGAAUGUUAGUGUAUCAUGUUUGUUAAAAUAAGCAAACGACAAAAAUUAUGUAAAACUUCGUAGUGAAGUGAUUUAGAUUUGUAAGGUGAUUGCAGUUCUUUCUCAUUAAAUUUUUUUUUUUUUUUUUUUUGGAAUAUGCAAUAAGUGUUCAUUUUUUUGCUAGUUUUAUUUAUCAGAGAAAGAAACUGUGCCAAUGUGAAAGAACUGUAUAAAUCUACAGUGUAAGUGAAAGUUGUCAACAAAAAGAAAUAAAUUGUUCUAAAAGUUUA